AGGGGUUUCUUUAUUUCCGAUGCCGCGUUUUCGAACGCGGCUGCGCUCCUUUUCUUCCCUUCCCGCGCGACUUUCUCGUCUUUUGCUACUUCCACCUCGCUCUCCGCCUCGCUUUCUCCGCCCUCGUCUUCGAUGUUUUCUAGGCGAUAAGCCCCCGAUUACUAGAAAAUAGAGCUAUAGGCGUCCGAUGUCUGACGAUCGGAUCGGAAGCGCAGGCUUCGUCGAAGAGGGAUAGAAGGACCAAGGGGAGGAAGUGCGCACAUAGCCCUUUUCCGAUCCAAGAUUUCUGAUAGGAUCUGGUGCUGGAGUAGAGGUCCAAGCAUGAUCUCUUCUUUCCACUACCACUUUGGGAGCGACCAACGUUGAAACCAUCGCUAUCCGAGCAAAACAUCCAUUAAAUCUCCACCUCGAAGACAUAUCACUAUCUUCAGCUAAUCCUUAUGGUUUGAGCAGCUGAUCAUUCGAGCACUCUAGUAGCUUGAUCAGCUCGACGACUUGAUCAGGCCGAUACCUAGCGGCAAUCGUCACCAUUGACAUAUUCUAGAUUUGUUCCCUCAAAAUAACAUAUUCUCGGUUUUUUUGUCUACAUCAUAUAUGUAGAUUUUUUUAAUGUUGCAAUGCAGGAAUUUCCCCAUCAUGGCCCAUAUGAGAAUAUCAUGUCUUGCAGAAAAUAUUUUAAAUGAAUAAUUCAUACUUUUGAUUAAUGCCGUACACACUAGCUCGUUCUUGCCUUUCACUUUGUCCUUUUUUAUUUUUAGAUGAGAAACUCUUUGCCCUCUUUAAAAUCUCCUUUGCCGGUUCUUUUCCAUUUUUAAAGUAGAAUAAACCCUUAAAAAAGACCACCUCUAAGUUCUAACGGAACAUUUCCUCUAAGAAAGCAGGGACCGCAGCCGUCGGAUUGCUUCUCUCAGUGCCGUUGGAUUUGUUCUCCGCGCGGGACGCCUCAGCUCCGUUUGUUCCUCUUCAUCUAUCCUCUCACCAGCUACUUCUAUUUCUCUCGCCCUACCGUCUCUUCUGUCUUGGUUACAAUACGGGUUUCCCCUUCGGAAGAAAGCAAUAGAUGGAGACCGCCAGGCCGGCGCCAUCUAACUUUGGGUCACUGGCCAAGACCGUUACAAAGAUCCUCCGCCUCCGGCGGGCCGCCACCGGCUCCGGCGGAGGCGGCGGCGUUGGUGUCGCCUCUGACAAAUAUAAGCCAAUCAUGGAGAAGCUCAAGCUCUCAGGAAACCUCACAGAGUACUCCACCAUGCUCUCCGAGCCUCACAAAGACGAGGAUGGGAAGCAGCAGCAGGAGCACUCGCAGAAGCUCUCCUCCAAGGAUAAAGAGGCCAUGGAGUCCCUUCUUGCGAACCUCUUCGCCAGCAUCUCCGCCAUCAAGGCGGCCUACGCUCAGCUCCAGGUGGCCCAGUCACCCUACGACCCCGACUCCAUCCAGUCCGCCGACAAGUCCGUGGUCUCCGAGCUCAAGCACCUCUCCGUCCUCAAGCAGUGCUACCUCAAGAACCAGCUCCAAUCCCACGCUCCCCCGGCCUCCCAGUCGGCCCUGGAGGCCCAAAUCCAGGAGCAUCGUAGCCUCCUCAGGACAUACCAGAUCACCACCAAGAAGCUCGAAGCCGAGAUUCAGCUCAAGGACUCCGAGAUUCUCUCCCUCCAAGCCGAGCUCCUGUCCUCCGAGAAGCAGAACCGAGCCCUCGACGCGAGGCUCCACCCGGGCCGCUCCCUCGCCGCCCUUGAUGAUCUCCACCUCUCCGGCUUGAACCCCACCCAUUUCCUCACCGCGCUGCGGUACGCCGUGAAAUCGAUCCGGUCCUUUGUCCAGCUGAUGGUCAGGGAGAUGGAAUCGGCCGGGUGGGACCUCGACGCCGCGGCCGGGUCCAUCCAGCCUGACGUGCUCCGCCGGAAGCCUCGCCACCGGAUCUUCGCCUUCGAAUCCUUCGUCUGCCAGAAGAUGUUCUCCGACUUCCACCGCCGUGACUUCAAUCUUAGCUCCUCGGCAGACCGGUCCGCCUGGGACCAGCGCCGGUUCUUUAAAGAGUUCACCGACCUCCAAUUUGUGAGUUUAAAACAGGCUUUCGAUGGGAAAGGCCAGAAGUCGGCGUUGGGAAAGUUCUUGAGGGCCAAGUAUUUGGCCCUGGUCCACCCGAAGAUGGAGGCGUCCUUCUUUGGUGAUCUAGAUCAGAGGGCGCUGGUGAGCUCGGGGCGGGGGUUCCCGGAGUCGGCUUUCUUUGCCGGCUUCGCGGAGAUGGCGAGGCGCGUGUGGCUCCUACACUGCCUCUUCUUCUCGUUCGGGCCGGAGGAGGAGGGGUCCAUCUUCCAGGCCCGCCGUGGUACCCGGUUUUCGGAGGUGUACAUGGAGAGCAUCGCGGAGGACGACGACGACGACGACGACACGGCCGGUGUGAGGCCCCCCGCCGUGGGGUUCACGGUGGUCCCCGGGUUCCGGGUGGGGAAGACGCUGAUACAGUGCAAGGUCUAUCUCUCGUCUAGGGUGGGCGGGCGGUCAUGAUUCUUCUCUGAGAUAUCCAUCGGACGGCGGUGGAGGUAUCCAAGCCUAGUCUGGACUCUAAGGUCGUGAUGUCAUCAGGAGUUUUGCCAUUUGGGCCCCGCGGUCCUUUUGUCCUGUUGAGGAGCGUGGGGCGGUAACGCGUGAGGGUGGUAAGGUGGCUGACAGAUCUGAUGGGAAGUGGCGCAGGGGUUCUUUAAACGUCCAUGUAUAUAUAUGGUAGUGUUUAUUGUUUUUCAGAAUUUUAAAUGAGUAUUUAUUAGAGAUAUCUGGAAGGUAGAUAGCGUCAGAUGGUA